AUGUCCACCAAAGAUAUGAUCAAAGCCUUGACUAAAAAUGUGACUGCCAUGCAGUCCAAUUUGGUGCAAUUUCAGGAAGAGACCAAGUCAAGCAUUUACAACUUGGAGACACAAGUGGGCCAAAUGUCUAGUGUCAUGAAUAGGCUUGAGGCCCAAAAUUCUGGAAAAUUGCCAUCUCAAACCGAGGUGAACCCCAAGAAGAAUGUGAGUGUUGUGAUAUUAAGAAGUGGCAAGGAGCUUGUUGAUCAUGCGCCCGGAAAGGGCAAUGUUGUGGAAGAGAAGACAAGAGUAGAAGAUGAGGAGGUGGAGGUUCUUACUCCAUCCAAAGAGGUUGAAAAAGUGGUGAGUACUAGCUCUCACCAAGAGAUAAAAUCUUUCCCGGAUUACAAACCGACACCCCCUUUUCCCGAUGCACUUAAGGACAAUAGUAAGCUUGAUUUUUCUAAGGAUAAUUAUGAAACAUUUAGCCAAUGUAAUGUGAAUAUUCCUUUGUUGCAAUUGAUUAAGACUGCGCCUUUAUAUGCUAAGUGGUUAAAGGAGAUGUGUUCAAUUAAGAGGAAAAGUAGUGUUAAGGGGAAACUAACGGUUAAGGUUAGUGAACAUGUGUCCGCUGUUUUCCAAAAGAGAAUGCCUAAGAAAUGUGAUGAUCCGGGCAUGUUCACUAUUCCUAUAACUCUUGGUGACACUAAGAUUGAUAGGGCCAUGUUAGAUUUAGGAGCCUCCAUCAAUGUGCUUCCUUAUUCUUUGUAUGAGUCCUCUUCCAUUCCUAGAGGUGUAGUUGAAGAUGUUCUUGUGGUAGUUGAUAAGUUGACUUUCCCCGCUGAUUUUUACGUGAUUGAUAUGGAGCAUGAUAAGCAUUCAACCCCUAUUCUUUUAGGGAGGCCCUUCUUGAAAACGGCUAAGACUAAGAUUGAUUGUGACACCAGUUCUCUAACCAUUCAGUUUGAUGGGCAAAUCAUUGAGUUUAAUAUGUAUGAUGCCAUGAUAUACCCUAAUAUUGAGGAUUACUCUCUCUGUUCCAUUGAUGUGUUUGAGCCAUGUGUUCAAGGUCUGUUUGAUGUCUUACGUGAUGAUCAUUUGCAAAGUGUUUUGGACUUUAGUUUGAUUGAUGAUUCUUUGGAGUUUUAUUUGCCAAAUAAUGUGCUUGAAGUUGUUGUUGAAUUGAAUGAGCUUUCCAAACUCCCUUUGAAUUCCUCAAACUAUAAGCCCAUACCGCUUACUGUGCCUAGCACAAGAUCGGUUCCUUCUGUUGUGCAGGCCCCCGAUGUUGAGCUCAAGACUCUCCCGGAGCAUGUGAAGUAUGUCUUCCUAGGUGAGAAAGAGACUUUUCCAAUUAUCAUUUCCAACAAGUGGAACUUGGAGCAAGAUAGCGAAUUGAUGGAGGUGCUCAAUGAGCAUUUGAUGGCAAUUGGGUGGUCUAUUGCAGACAUUCGUGGCAUUAGUCCAUCCACAUGCAUGCAUAGGAUCUUGUUGGAGGAUGAAGCUAAACCGGUGAGGCAGCCUCAAUGGCGUUAUGACCCACCCAUGAUGGAGGUGGUAAAGAAGGAGUUUCUAGAGGUUUUCAUGGAUGAUUUCACCAUUCAAGGUGACUCUUUUGAUCAAUGCUUGUACCAUUUGUCCCUUGUCUUGAAGCGUAGAAUUGAGUCUCAUCUUGUGCUAAGUUCUGAAAAAUGCCAUUUCAUGGUUGAGCAAGGUAUAGUGUUGGGUCAUGUUGUUUCAUCUAGAGGGAUAGAGGUGGAUAAAGCAAAGAUAGAUGUGAUUCAAUCCCUUCCCUACCCUAUUAGUGUCUGUGAAGUCAGGUAUUUCCUUGGUCAUGCCGGUUUUUACCGGAGGUUUAUAAAAGAUUUUUCUAAGGUCGUUGACUCUUUAAAAGAGAAGCUUACUUCGGCCCUCGUCAUUCAAGCCCCCAUUUGGUCUCUCCCUUUUGAGAUCAUGUGUGAUGCAAGUGAUUAUGCCGUGGGGGCUGUUUUGAGUCAAAAGAGUGGUAGAGUGUCUCAUGUAAUACAUUAUGCAUCUAUGACAUUGAAUAGGGCUCAAAGAAACUAUAGCACCACUAAGAAAGAAAUGAUAGCUGUUGUUUUUGCGAUUGAAAAGUUUCGGUCCUACUUCCUUGAAACCAAGGUCAUUGUGUACACUGACCAUGCAGCUAUUAAUACUUGA